AUGUAACAAAUAUACGGCCACAAGCUCACAUAGUCAUGUUUUAUACAUCUGAUACUACCAGACUUCGGGGCUACAUAAUUGAAUUCCAAGUUGUAUAAGAGAAAUAAGCUUCGUAGUUUUCUAAUAACAUUUUCAAAAAAUAAAUAAUUCAUCAAAAAUAUAAAAUAUAAAUAAGUAUAAACAAUAAAAUAUCUAAAAUAUCGUAUUGUGCCUGUGCGUGUAUAUGUGUGUAUAUAGAUAUGAAAAAGAUAUUUUAAAUUUACCUUGUAAUCGAUUAUAAUUUAAUAAAGCUAGUAUAUUGUAUUAAUUAAAUAUAUUAAAACUUGCGCUUAUACAAUCCAUAAUAUAUUCAUAUCAAACAUCUAAAUACUAUAAUACAUUUCCAUUUUUACAUUAACUUUUAUGAUGAUGCUAAAACACGUAGUCAUAGGUGGUGGUACAGGUUUUAUUGGAACACAGAUAAUAAGUUCAUUAUCUCGUAAAGGAGUUCCUUAUACAUGUAUUUCUCGCAUGCCUGGGCCAAAUCGAAUUUCAUGGCAUGAUUUGGAAUGUUAUGGUUUACCUGAAAAUACAACUGCUGUAAUCAACGUUGCUGGUCAGAAUAUACUUGAUCCAAAACAGCGAUGGUCAGAAGGAUUUAAACAAAAUGUUAUAAGUAGUCGAGUAGAGACAACAAAAUCUUUAGCUAAAGCUAUAAUACAUACUAAAGCUAAUGCUUUUGUAACAAUUUCUGGAGUUUCUUGCUAUAAACCAAGUGAUACAGAAUACACUGAAGAAAGCAAAUGUGAAAAAUAUGACUUCCUAUCAGAACUCUGUCAUGAAUGGGAAGAAGCUGCACAACUUCCGAAAGAUAGCAAUAUCAGACAGAUCACAAUUAGGUCAGGAGUUGUAUUAGGAAAAAAUGGCGGUAUGAUUAAAGAAAUAUAUUUACCGUUUUUUUUUGGAUUGGGUGGCCCUAUUAGUAGUGGAAAUCAAUAUAUGCCAUGGAUACAUAUAACGGACUUAGUAAAUUUAUUUUUGUUCUCAAUUGAGAAUGAGAGCGUAUAUGGUAUACUAAAUGGUGUUGCCCCCCAGAUUGUAACAAAUAAAGAAUUUACUAAGGCAUUUGCAUCUGCAAUGCAAAGACCUGCAUUUAUUCCUGUACCACGCAUUGUUUUGAAUAGCUUGUUCAAUAAAGAACGGGCAAAAAUUAUGUUGGAGGGACAAAAAGUUAUUCCUAAACGUGUCAAAGAAUUAGGAUUUCAAUACCAAUAUCCUGAUAUUAAUUGUGCUUGCGCUGAAGUACUUGGCAAAAAUAAAUAAUUAUAAAUCGAGAUUAGAGAGCUAAUUGAAGUAAUAUGUAUGUCGGAGAGGGAAGGACAGCGGGAUUUUCUGUCGGAAAUGCUGGGAAAAACCCCAAUACUAUAGUCAAGACUUUUAUGAUAGCUACGUUUAAGCAAUAAAAAUAAGAAAUAACUUUUAAUAUUCCAACCUAUCUUUAUGACGAUGGGUUCGGGUUUAAGGUGACAUAGCGGGUCACUAGAUGUAGCCACGGUCAGGGACGUGUACCUGACAGAGGUAUGGAAUGAUUAUAUGACUCUCCUUAAGAACAAGGAUUGCCCCGAGAAGUGGGGAUAGGAAUAUAUAAGGGCAGUUUCAUUUGGACUGAGAGUUAGAGAGUUUGUUAGUUAGUCGUUGGACGAAUCGUCGAUUGAGUUAUCGAGAAGUUACCCGACUCGAGUAUUACGCUGAUACUUGUCAUCCUAUGGACCGUGAAUUCGUCGACAAAUCUGAAGUCAUCGUCACUAGCGUCCCGAGUGUCUAACUGAUCCCGUCCCGUGAUCAACUGUUAAGGUAGUAACCAUCCCUUUGUUGUAAUAAACUACAUCUGUGCUGUACCGCCGCAAUGGCUAAUUCCCGCGAAGACAAAUCCGACGCCCCCAACCUUACUCCUACUGCGGAUCCGACAUAUAAAUAUCAAUAUUUUAAUACUGAUUCUUGAUUGUAUUAACUUGUACAAUACAAUAUUAAUUUAUAUAUUUACAUUCAUAUAUUACUAUGUAUGUAUAUAGAAACAAGAAAUAAUUAAUUUAUUA